AUGUCGAACACCGACUUCCUCGGUCGCGCAAUCGACCAGGUGCGCAAGGCCAUCGAGGCAGACAACGCCGCCCAGUACGACAAGGCCUAUCAGAUGUACUACCAGUCGCUGGAGCUGUUCAUGCUCGCCCUCAAGUGGGAGAAGAACCCAAAGUCCAAGGAGAUGAUCCGCACAAAGACAGCCGAGUACAUGGACCGCGCCGAGAAGCUGAAAGCACACCUGUCCGACGCGGACGCCAAGCGCAAAAAGCCAGGCCUCGUCGGCGCCAACGGCUCCUCCACCGGCGGCACUGCUAAGGGCAAGGAGAACGGCGAGGACGGGGCACCCGUCGACGAGGACAGCAAGAAGCUGCGCAACGCACUCGCUGGCGCCAUCCUGCAGGACCGCCCCAACGUCAAGUGGGAGGACGUCGCGGGUCUCGAGGGCGCCAAGGAGGCCCUCAAGGAGGCCGUGCUGCUGCCCAUCAAGUUCCCCCAGAUGUUCCAGGGCAACAGGAAGCCGUGGAAGGGCAUCCUGCUCUACGGGCCCCCGGGAACAGGAAAGAGUUACCUGGCAAAGGCCCUGGCCACCGAGGCGAAGAGCACCUUCUUCAGCGUGAGCAGUUCGGAUCUGGUGAGCAAGUGGAUGGGAGAGUCAGAAAGGCUCGUCAAACAACUCUUCAACAUGGCCCGCGAGAACAAGCCAUCCAUCAUCUUCAUCGACGAGGUCGACGCCCUGUGCGGGCCGCGAGGCGAGGGCGAGUCUGAGGCGUCGAGGCGCAUAAAGACCGAGAUGCUGGUGCAGAUGGACGGUGUCGGCAAGGACUCGACGGGCGUGCUCGUGCUGGGCGCGACGAACAUCCCCUGGCAGCUGGACGCGGCCAUCCGGCGGCGGUUCCAGCGCCGCGUGCACAUCUCGCUUCCGGACGUCGCCGCGAGGACCACCAUGUUCAAGAUCGCCGUCGGCGACACCAAGACGAGUCUCAAGUCCGAGGACUACAGGGAGCUAGCCAAGCUAAGCGAGGGCUACUCGGGCAGCGACAUCGCCGUCGCGGUGCAGGAUGCCCUGAUGCAGCCCGUGCGCAAGAUCCAGCAGGCAACACAUUUCAAGAAGGUAGACUUAAAUGGCGAGUCAAGGGUGACGCCCUGCUCUCCGGGCGAGCCCGACGCGAUGGAGAUGACGUGGGAACAGGUCGACACAGAACAGCUGCUAGAGCCCAUCGUCGACUUCAAGGACUUUGUCAAGUCGGUCAAGUCGUCGCGGCCGACGGUGUCACAAGAGGACUUGAAACGGAACUCGGAGUGGACGCACGAGUUCGGCAGCGAGGGGUGA